AUGUGGCUGGAAAACUGCCCUUCAACACAGUGUAAACUGCUAUGCUCAACCUGGACUUUGUCAAGCCUACAAGUCCCAAAAGGCAUUAUUGAUCGAUUGAUGAGUAUGCAAGCAUUGAUCUGUGAACUAGCUGUAAACUGUGCUCUCAUCUAUGUCUUGGAAACAUUGUCCAAUAUAUUUUCUCCUGAGGAAUUCGACGAAGAAGUUAUCCCUGAAAACCAACGAGACGACUUUACAGGAGUAGGAGAAGGAUUUUCUGAAAUGUUUCUAAAGGAUGAAGAGAACCUCACCCUUCUUCUCACAUUCCUGGUAAAUAAAUUCCAACUCAAUGUAAUCAUGACUGUACCAAACUAUUUUACCUGUAGGCGACCAACCCUGGCUGCUCUAAACUUCCUUCUCUCUAACUGUCCCAGGAUGAUCCAACAGCAGAUCUUAAACAGUCAUACAGGUGUAUCCAAACUGAUGGAUGUCCUGGGGGAGACGAGAGAAGUUUUAAGAAAUGAUUCUCUGAUUCUUCUCUUCAAACUGACAAAAGGAAACUCGAACAUUCAGAAAAUAGUCGCUUUUGAGAACGCUUUCGACAAACUGAUGGAGAUUAUGGAGUUUGAGGGAUGGACGGAUGGAGGUAUAGUUGUUGAGGAUUGUCUGAGGCUGAUGUUGAACCUUCUCCGGAAUAAUCCAUCAAAUCAAACUUUUUUCAAGGAAGGAAGCUAUAUUGCCAGGCUUCUGCCCUCACUCACAGAUUCAGACGAGGUAACUGAGUACGGCUGGGAUGCCCAGAAAGUGUCCAAUAUGCUUCACAUUCUUCAAUUAAUAAGGACCUUGGUUUCUCCUUCUAAUCCUCAUCAGAUAACUAUGGCUUGUCAAUUGGCCUGCAAACAGGGAGGUGUUCUGAGUCACCUGGAGGAUAUUUUGUUGGCCUCCGGUAUCCCGGCCGAUGUUCUCACGGAGGCCAUCAAUACCAUCUCAGAGCUUAUCCGGGGGAACAAUGAGAACCAGUCCCAGUUUAUAAAUGUAGCUGCUCCUUCUGACCCUCCUCGACCCAUCCUAGUCCUCCUCCUCAUGUCGAUGGUAAACGAGAAGCAACCCUUCUCCCUCCGCUGCUCUGUGCUCUACUGUGUUCAGUCUUUUCUUCACAAGAACACUGGAGGGCAAGCAAUGAUGGUUGAAUCCCUCCUGCCCCGGGAGGAUAUGAUAGAUGUGUCUUGUGGGCAAUUGAUUUGUGGAGGCUUGUUCUCGAAUGACUCUGUUUCUAACUGGCUGUGUGCUGUAGCCCUAUCACAGGUUGUCUCUGGAUCUCCUAAAUUAAAAGAAGAACUUCUAAGGGUCCAACUUGCAACCCAGGGUGGGAGCGGACCUGUAUCGUUAUUAACCCAGUGUGUUACACUGCUGCAGCAUAAUGCCUCCAUUUCUGCCAGGUUGGGUAUUCUUCAGAUGUUAUGUGAGUGGGUUACUGAGUGUCCUAUGGCAGUUUCUAUACUUUUACAGAUGGAUGGUGCUGUAGCAUUCUUUAUGGCUCAAAUUUGUUCAAAUGAGCACGACGAGACAGAACGCUUGGGUCAUGGCAUUUGUGCCUUUUUAUUAGGACUAUGUAUUAUCUACAAUAAGAACACAGUGCCGGGAUCAACUCAAGAAGACCUCAUUUCAUUAGUUGAGAAGAGGGUCGGAGCAGAUCAAUUUCUGGAUAAAAUAGCAGAUAUUCCAAAACAUGAGAGCUUUAAUAAGGCAUUGAAAUCACCGCAACUUCGCUGCAACAACAUCUCUGAGUUAACUGUUGACAACCAUUUCUGUGCCCUCUUUAGGUCACUUGACAGAGAUGUUACGAAUAUUAUAGGGAACCGAAGAUCAGCAGUGCUCUUGAAUGGAACUGGACCCCUGGAUGCAUCUACCCAUGCAGCUCUGGAGAACUAUAAAGUAUUUAUCAGAGAUCAGGAUACUAAAAUGAAGGAGUACAUUGAUGCAAACAAAGUUCUUCACACAGAGUACACUUCCCUCCAGGCUAGAUAUGAGGAGUUAACUGGUGUAGUUCAGCAGAUUAAAGAUCAGAAUGCAAUCCUUCAGGCUCAAGUAAUGAAUGCAGCUACAUCUUCCAAACCAUUUACUUCUAUGGACCUAAGAAAUGGUCCCUCCCAGACUGACGCUGAGGUCGAAGGGCUGAGAAAACAGCUUCAGCAGCAAGACGAAUAUAUUCAGGAGUUGGAGUCCAGACUGGGAGCUGAGGAGACUCCAGAUACUGGAGCAAAUCUUUAUCAACCUUUUAUUCAAGACACUCCAAAACCAAUAAUCAAGGAUUGUCAAUGCCAGACUGAUUCUUUUCCCGACAACAAGGCUAUUACAAUCCAGAUGUUGAGAAGCCAGUUGGAUACGAUGAGAUGCCAGGUGAUGAAGAAGGACGAGGAGCUUCUUAAACUCAAAAAUGAUCUUCCGCUUAAUCCUGGGUCACCUAGGGACAGGUUUGAGAAUAUGUUUAUGACAACAAUGGAGCUGGAGGCGCAUAACAAGGUGGAGAACACAUACGAGAUUGAUCUCAAGGAGAGAGAGAUUGUCAGGAUGAAAAAUGCUCAUGAAGAAGAACUGAAUGAACUUAAAAAAGAAAGAGAUUUAAUUGAGGUUGAGCUGUUUAAAUCUCGGCAUGAUCUAGAAGACCUACGAGAGGUUCAGCAUUAUACAAGUCCUAAUGUUGUUGAUGGACUGGAGCGUAAGGUCCGUGAGCUGACUGCUGAGCUAGAGGAGUACAAGGAGAGACGAGAUGUUGAGCUGGUCAAUAUGUCCAGUCAGCAGCAGUUAGAUCAGGAUCUUUUUAACAAUUUGAAAGAAGACUUGAAGCUGUACAAGGAGAAAAUGGAGAUGGAGAGGGAGAAGGUGAAAGGUCUGCAGAGUGAACAAGAGGAUCUUCUUGUUAUGCUGGCAGAUCAGGAGGAAAAGAUGGUGAAGUACAAGACAAGGCUGAGAGAUCUCAACGUUGAGGUAUCCGAAGAUGAGGCUGAAGAUGAGGAUUUGACCUGACCAUCUGAUAGUGUUUCUUCGGAGCGAUGAUAUUUUCCAAACCAAGGGGUAUGAAGCAGACAGCAGUCUUUAUUUCAUAUUUUUAGUUUCAAGCUCAUUUCUGUUAUUUAAAGUUACAUGCUUUGUCCUGGUCAUUUAAAGAGAUUAUCUCCAGAAUGCCAUGAAUAAUUCACAAUAUUUUUUUCUUACUUUAAUCCAGAGGGUGCACGUCAUUUGUUUUUAAAUAAAGCCAUUAAAUUUUUUUAUUGUAUUGUUAUGGUAUUCGUAUAACAGGAGAUCCCUUUAAUCAACAACGUUGAUAACUGGAUGAAAUCUUUAAAUUUUCCAAAUAGUUUUUAAUUCAUUUUAUUUCAUCAGAAAAUGAGUUUGAUCAAUAAUCAUAAUGUUUCCGUAUCUUUAGCUCGCUUGUUUCUGUGAUAGUUAUUUAUUUGAGUUGCGUUUUUUUUUUCUGUGUCUGAUACUUUAUAAUGAUUAUAAUUAUGAUAGUUUUUCUUAAAUUCUCAAAAACAGGCAAUAUUUACUUAAAGAAAAAGUUUUAACUUUAAUGAUUUUAUUUUAUUCUUUAAAAAUAGAUAUUAAUGAUGCAAAUACCUUUAAAGUACAUUUAUUUUUAUUGUUGAAUUUUAAUCUAAUUUAUUUUGUUUAAUCCACAGUUCUGAAUUAAUGCGUGUUUUUUUCAUUUAUAUGUUUACUUAGGUUAAUUAUUUU